AUAAUGAACAAUCUGAUAAUGAAUUUGAAGAAUUUGAUAAUGAAGAAUUUGAUCCUAAUCAAAUUUUAAUUUAUCAAGCAACAAGUAUUGCUGAAAGUACUAGUGCAACAGAAGCAUUUGAAAAUUUAUUAGUUAGAUCUGUUUCAAGUAUGAAUACAGGAUCUAAUAUUAAGAGAAAAAAAACAGAAAUUGAAGUUAUUGAAGAUUAUAAAAGAAAACAAAAAAGACUUAUAGAAAAAAAUGAAUUAAUUGCAGAUGAAUAUCAAGUAAUCAUUACCAAAGUAUUAAUAGAUAUUGAAAAAUAUUUAUCAUAUUAUGAAAAACAUUUAACUGAUUAUUCAUUUCCUGCACCUGAUUAUAGUUUAGUAGAAGAUGCUGAAAAAUAUAGUAUAUGGAAUCACGAACUUUAA